AUGUCCGAGGAAGCCGCGCCGGCCAUUGACGGCGGCGUCAAGCCAGCAUCCAAGCGUAAUAGCGGCGGCGCCAAGCCUCGCAAGUCUGGGGGCGCGGCCAAGAAGGGCCCAGCUCCGCAAGAGGUCGCCAAGUGCGAGUACGGCGACAUUGUGCUGGCCCGUCUGCGAGGAUUCCCCCCUUGGCCUGCUCGUAUCACCGACCCCGAGAGCCUGCCUGCGAACGUACUGGCGCUGCGUCCCAAGAACCCGGCGUUCCAGUGCGCGCAGUUCUUCCCUGUCGGCGACUACUCGUGGCUCCCUCCGAAGGAGAUUCAGCCUCUGAAGAAGCACCAAAUUCAGUCGUUCCUCAACGAGGGCCACCGCAAAGCGGCGGGCAACUUGCGCGAGGCGUACGAGACGGCAUUGGACCCGAGCGAAUGGGACCAGGUGCAGGACGAGUACCGUCGCGAUCGGGAGGCCGCAGAGGCAGAGGCGGAUGAAGAUGUCGAUGAGCUGGAGGAGGAAGAGGGCGAGGACGGGCAGCCGGCAGGCAAGAAGCGGAAGCGCGCAGCGCCGGCACCAAAGAAGGACGCCAAGAAGGCCAAGGUCACCAAGAAGGCCGAGGACAAGCCCAAACCAAAGGCAGACAAGCCCAAGUCAAAGGAAACUGACAAGGCGGACGAGUCCAAAUCUGAGGGUGCGGCUCCAGCCCUUGGGGAGGAGGAGGCUCCUGACCCAGAGGCCGUAAAGGUGAAGGACUGGCGACACAAGCUGCAGCGCGCCUUUCUGCAGAAGGGCGUGCCGACCGCCACCGAGAUGGACCAGUACGACGACCUGUUCAAGACGAUCGAAAACUACGGUGACAUGAAGAUUGAGUACCUCCAAUUCUCAAAGAUUGGCAAGGUGAUGAAGAAGAUCGCGGCUCUUACAAACGUACCGCGCGACGACGAGCUGAAAAUCACCUCGCGUGCGGAGAAACUCAUGAAGGAGUGGACCGACUUCAUCAACCGCAGCGAGGGACCCGGUGCGCCGGCUGCCAACGGUUCGGCAGGCAAGGCGGACAAGGCCGAGACAACGACGUCUCCUACCAACAAUGAAUCUACUGCGCCAGCUGCGCCUGCUGUGGAGGACCCGCCGGCUCCGGAGGCACCUGCCUCGGAAGAGCCGACAGCACCGAACACGGAGGAUAUCAAGGUAGAUGCGUGA